CGACAAUGGCAGAAAAAUACGAUGAAAUCAUCUUGAAAGCAUUCCACCAUUUAGCUUUGGCUGAGCUUAUUUAACUCACCAGCAACUUGGCAGUGGAAAUAAUCAUCUCUGUUGGACGUGCUGCUGCAUCAGAAGGCGAAUAAUUUUGCAAAAGCCCCACGAAAUACAAAAAACGAAAAAAAAUAUAAAGGCUAAGAAAUCUCGAAAGUCGAAAUUGAUUUAGUGGCCAUGUGUGACAAAUCGUUGUUUGCCUGUGACACUGUAACUGUAACUAGAACUACAACUGCAACUGCAAUCGCUAUUGCGGUACUGGCGUUGUGUGUGAUGCCUGCUGCUGCCAAUUCGUACGUGAGCCCAACGGACUCGCUUGAGAGUCUUCCCACUGCCGCUGAGGUGCAGUUGACUGCUGCACUGACGAAAAUCGAUAAUUUCCUGCAGUACUCGUUGCCAGAGAAGAUGCGGUCCGAGGGUGAAGCGAUACGUGCCGAAGCAAUACAGGAGCUCGAACGUUGCGUUCAGUUGGUGACUGGUAAAGAGGAUGUUUGGCGUUUCAGGCAAUGCUGUGGCGAGGAGCUGGGUCGGACCAUGAAGCAACUGGCCUUGCUGACGAAACAGGCCUAUAGUGGUGCGGGCGCAACAGUGACGCAUGCGUUUUGGUGGAGUUUAUUAAUAUUAGUUGCAUUUAUGUGAAUCAUUGCGUGCUCGAAUGCAGUUGUGUAAGAGCGCACCUGUGCUGUUAAGCUGAAAAUAUUUCUAUAUAAACUA